AGGAAAAAACCUGUACUUAACAUUUCUGCUGUACAUUUAGUUGAGCUAAAGAGCACUCCUUUUACUUACGUUAAUAAAUCUAAAAUAUGUUUAUUUAUUUUAUAUUUGAAAAUUAUUAUUUGUAAAUUAGACCGCAUUUUGAUUUUGGCUAUUUUCCGUUGCUCAGAAAGAUCGACAAGCAAAAAUUGUUUGUUUCCUAGUUCAGUUUAAGCAAAUAUGAUAUUCCACGGUCCACCAAAGGAACACAGUAUUAAUUCGUAGACAAAGAAAGUUCGAGUGUUUCGACUGCAGAAAAAUGUUCACCACCAAAUACCAUCUAAUCUGUCAUAUAAAGUCCCUGCAUAAAUCGGCGGAGUUCAGUUGCACACAUUGCGGAAAGCAAUUCAAGGAGAAGUCAUGGUUUGAAAAGCACAUCAACAAUCACGAUCCGAACUUUAGAUCAGAAUUCGAAUGUGAGAUUUGUGGCAAGAAAUUGACAUGCAGCACUUAUCUGGAGGCACACAUGCAGAAGAGACAUGCUGCUGAUCCGAGAUUUCCAUGUUUUUAUCGAAGAUAUUGUUGCGACAUAUGUGGAAAAGAGAUGCUAAAGAAGAACUUAAAGGUCCACCUGAUGUCCCACACAGGAGAGAAACCGUAUAGCUGUGAAUAUUGCGGAAAAGGCUUCGUCACCAAAAAGUCCCUGCGGAUUCACAUAAGAAUACACACAAAAGAAAAACCCUAUUUAUGUGCCAUUUGUGGUAAAGGUUUUACACAAAAGUACUCGGUGACUGUCCACAUGAGAUAUCACACAGGUGAGCGGCCACAUAAGUGUCUUCGGUGCUUAAAGGGGUUUGUUACUAAAACCGAACUGAAGCAUCACAAUUGUGCCCCAAUUAAAACUUCAAUCGGAUGAAUGAAUCUAGAGACAAUAAUACGUUCUAAACUAGAGUCUCAUUUUGUUAUUUCUAUAUUUUAAUUGCAUACUCUAUAUGUAUAUUUUAUCGUGAAAUUUACAUAAAUCUCACCUACAUAGGUGAAAAGAUCGUUAUGUUGAACGUUUAUGUGCCUAGUUGCAAGUAGAGUAAAAAGGAAGAUGGAUAAACUCAAAUAUAAUGUAAUUAUUUAUUAUAUAUAAUUAUCUUUAAGAAAAUACAAUCUCAAUAAUGAGAAAUCGACGUUCUAAAGUGUUUAUAUUUUAUGGAGGUCGAUUUUUUCCUAAAUUUGGUUCAGUAUUCCUUCUCGCUACUUAACUAUUAAAAAUGAAAUUAUUUUUUUCAAGUUAAAGUAGGUUAUUCUACAUUAAUCUUGAUCACCCAUUCAUCUUUAUGAAUACUAAAUCUGGGAAAAAUGUAUGGUAUUUAAAAAUAUCAUAUUUUAGACAGGACCCUCAUAUAUUACUGUAUUUAUUAUUUUCUCGUAAAAUGUAAAAUAAACAUACUCGUAUUGAUGUGCUUACACUGAUCAAAUAUAUUUUUGUAUUUUACAUGUUAUUUCGUGUUUUUUGAAAAUGUCUGCAAUAUAACGUAGUGUUGCCCGGCUGUUUGUUUCUAACCAUUAUUUAACAAAAUCUUCAUUUUUAG